AGGUCCCUCUGCAACACAAUUUACCAUCACGUCACGUGCGCUUCAGCCACUGCCCAUCGUCAAGCCACAGAUGAAGGCCCUCGGUGAUGCACGGCGCCAGACCACCGUCAACAACAGCUCCCAAGGACGGACAUGAUGACUUCGCUAAUCACGCAGAUAUGUUGGUGGGCUCUGCAUCACAGCCCUUUGCUCUUUCUCUUCCGCUUACUUUGUUGUCACUCACGCACGUUCGCUCAUUGUGAGCACACUUUCGCGAUGGAUGGCCAGAACAGCACGUUCGCUCCUCGAGCAGUCUCCGACAAGAUCUACGCAAUGUCCUCGAAGGAACAAUGGAAGGCCACCACACUUUCGUGCUCUAUAGCCCGUUUCCCUUUGCGCGAGAUUCCUUGUCCGGCCUUGCUAUUGUGAGCAACAAAAACUGGUCGCUUCAGCUUGGAACCGGCGAAAAAGUCCGUCCUUGUUCGCAGUGUCGGUCUUUGUUGAGAUGGCUGUCCAAGAGAGAUGGACGUCUGCCGUCCGUGUUCUAUAAGAAACGCGGCUGCUGGCUCGAUUGCGCGCUCUUGGACUUCAAUACCGUCCUCGCAAUACCUGUGGCUAAUUCAACUAGACCGACUGUACCAUUUUGUGAUAUUGCACAGUACGUUGCAUCUGAAAUGGCAACCACAAACAUACCCACUCGACGCCAAACACCAGCCCUCCGUGGACGUGUGUACGGAAAUGGACUUGGUCAUUUCCAUGAUCUGCAGGAGAAUCUCGCUGAUGAUCCUGAGCAGCUGCCACAAUUCCUUCCGCGCACUCAAUGGCCCCAAGAUCACGACGCCGGGGGCCUGUAUCGUCAUGAGAACCGUUUCCACAAGCGUCGAAUCCAUUGGUGGCCACGCGCAAAUCACCCUAUUAACGAUGAAGGAGCCGCCAUUCGUGACAAGGUGCGACGCGCAUAUCCCCAACUAAAGCCCAUGCCUCCCUUUCAAAAUGAGAGGACCCGAGACCCCAAUGAUCCUCGCAACGACAACUUGCACAAAUAUGAGGAUUCCGUGUGGUUAGACCACGUCGCCAUCCUACAUGGCAUCCUCAUGUACACUAUUGGCGAUCGACGGCGUCCUCAUUACCUGGACAACGCGGAGAUUCACCAGCUCCUCACCACCAUUUCAUACGGCAUGCAUCAGAGCAUGGCUUGGCUUGAGGCCUGGUCAAUCUCUGGCCAUCCUGCCCCCCGCACAAUCAAGCAUGAGUCUCGGGCCAGCCAUCAUUUCGUAAAGCAAUGGGUGCCCGCGUUUGACAUGGAGAUGUAUGAGGGCGCGUUCUCGUUUGGCUCCACGGAACCUGGCUGGGAGCAUCAGAUGCGUACCCGCAUCCACGGAAACCGCUACAUUGUGGUUCCCAUCUGUCAGUUUGAGAUGCACUGGAUGAUGACCAUCUUCGACCGCAAGGCUGGACAUUUGUACAUCUUUGACGCUGUCAAAGCAGAUCGAGAGACUCGUGUCGAGGCUGCCGUGCAUAGAUGGGCUCAGUUUUGGGAUCGUCUGGGAUUUCCCUACCACUUUCAGUACUUUGCGCCCGCCGUCAGCGUUCAGGCUGGCUCCUGGGAGUGCGGUUUGAUUGGUAUUCAUUGGGUGACCAACACCUUGCGGCACCGCGUAGGUGGAACGGAGUACCGUGCUGACGAUGACACUAUCGCUGUCAAGGACUUUAAUCUUCGCGACCACGACCAUGCGAAUUACCCCCUGGAGACGGCCUCCAUCCCAGUUCAUGACUGGGUCCCUACCGAUGUGGCUGUGCUCGAUGCCCUGCCACCUGGCACGGGGCUGUCUCUCGCCAAGUCCGUGGAGUGGAUUUGUCUAUAUUGGAAGAUUAUCUGUGCAAAUGAGCUUGGCAUUUGGGAGGCCAGGAGGGUACUGGAGCCGCAUGCCACUUCGAGCCCAGUCCCGCGAAGUGUGACCGCCAAUCCCCUCGAACGAUCCGACUCCGUCGUUCCUCCAAUGCCCAAGAAGGCUAGUCACAAGAGAGACAGGCUGUGUGCAAAGCUGAGCAAGUUGAUCACUGGCUUCGGUGGUAAAACUUUUGCCCAUCCUCCAACUGCCGCUGCGCUUGCCAUGGUCAACGCCAAACAUUGGGAAACAUGCGUUAGUAGCAAUGCCUUCCCGCUGGAGGCAGGUAUGGUCACGACGUACACCAUGUGCGGCGUCAAUGAACAAGGGGCCCUUGAGAUUCGGCAUAUACUUGACGUCGAAGUCGACGAAGAGAGUUCGCAAAUCUCCACGCCCACUCUGUCUGCGGCAUUCUCCAACUGGGUAGCCAAGGUGGCGCAGGACAACCCUGCCGCUGUGGACGCUCAAGUCCAUCGGGGCCAAGGGGAUAGAUUCCCUCCCGCGAGAACGUGCAAGCGCACGCGUGAUCACGGUGAUGCCGCUGGAGUUGAUAGUUCAAGCGCACACCGGCCUGCCAAGCGGCCUUGCCGAAAAACUGUCAAAGCCUAAAGGCCGUUGGCUAAGUUCAGGGAGUGAACGCUCAAGAAGUCUUGGGUGGUUGAGUAUAGGUAGCUUCGUGGUGCCUCGGGUCAAGUGCCAACGAUAUGACACCAAGGUGAGUAAGUUGUGGUCAUGGAUGGGGAAUCAGUGUUUCAUGAUUCU